AUGUAUGGAUGUAGCUAUUCCAAAGCUACGAAUGGAGUGCAGAAUGGUACUGCAAGAUCUAGCUUGUCACGCGAUAAACCGAGAGUACCAAAAUUUUUGCAAACGCUUUGUUGUUGUAUAAAACCUUCGAUUGGAGAAUCGUGUGGGUCUUCUUCUAAAUCAUUUUUUGGUUCAAAAACUGCAUAUGAACCAAAACGACGUUCAAUACAGUCGGUUUCUGUUUCAUCUACUUCCCCAGGUUUUUUAAUAACUCAGGUUAAGCAAGAGUCAAGUAAUGGAUUGGACUGCGGGGCUGAAACUUCAUUAUCCUCUGAAAAUAUGGUUCAUCCGGCAGAGGAGAUGUCAGAAAUGGAUGCUAUGGUCCCCGUUAGUUUUGAAGCUUUUUAA